ACACUCAGAGGACUUGGCCCUCCUUUUGAAGCCCUCACAUCUUCAGCUUUCUUUUUGCUCAGCCAGCGGACAGUCUUUGACAGGAACCAUGAUGAGAAAAGCCAUGUCAGUCUCAGGUCCAUCCAACAGAAGGUCUGCAUCGACCGUAUCUUUCAGCAGGACCAGCUCUAACUUUGGUUCUGGAGGUGGAGGCUAUGGCUCUAGCUAUGGCUCCAGCUAUGGCUUCGGCAGCCCUUCCAUCAUCCAAAAGUCAUCAAGCUACAGCGUUGGUUCCGGCUAUGGUGGUUCUGGCUAUGGUGGUUCUGGCUAUGGUGGUGGUCCCAUUGUUCCACAAACGAUCACACCUGUCCAGUUCAACCAGAGCAUUCUGGCCCCUUUGAAUCUGGAGAUUGACCCCAGCAUCCAGGCCGUCCGCACCCAGGAGAAGGAACAAAUCAAGACCCUCAACAACCGCUUCGCCUCCUUCAUCGACAAGGUCCGUUUUCUGGAGCAGCAGAACAAGAUGCUGGAGACCAAGUGGAGCCUCCUGCAGGAACAGACCACUACCCGCUCAAACAUUGACGCCAUGUUUGAGGCCUACAUUGCCAACCUGCGCAGGCAACUGGACGGGCUGGGCAACGAGAAGAUGAAGCUGGAGGGAGAUCUGAAGAACCAGCAGAACAUGGUGGAGGACUUCAAAAAGAAGUACGAGGAUGAAAUCAACAACCGUGCAGCUGCUGAGAAUGAGUUUGUGAUCUUGAAGAAGGACGUUGAUGCUGCCUACAUGAACAAGGUGGAACUGGAGGCUAAAGUUGAUGCUCUUCAGGAUGAGAUCAACUUCCUCAGGGCRGUGUUUGAAGCUGAGCUUCGUGAGCUGCAGGGUCAGAUCAAGGAUACCUCUGUCAUCGUGGAGAUGGACAACAGCCGUAACCUUGACAUGGACGCCAUUGUGGCUGAAGUGCGGGCUCAGUAUGAGGACAUCGCCGCCCGCAGCAAGGCUGAGGCAGAAAGCUGGUACAAACAGAAGUUUGAUGAGAUGCAGAGCUCUGCAGGACAGUAUGACGCAGACCUGCGCUCAACGAAGACUGAGAUUGCUGACCUGAACCGCAUGAUCUCUCGGCUUCAGAACGAGAUUGAGGCAGUCAAGGCACAGAGAGCCAAUCUGGAGGCUCAGAUCGCUGAGGCUGAGGAGCGCGGCGAGCUGGCAGUGAAGGAUGCCAAGGGCCGCAUCAAGGACCUGGAGGAGGCUCUGCAGAAGGCCAAGACAGAAAUGGCCCGCCAAGUGCGUGAAUACCAGGACCUGAUGAACAUCAAGCUCGCCCUGGACAUUGAGAUCGCCACCUACAGAAAACUGCUGGAGGGAGAGGAGAGCAGACUGAACAGUGGUGGCUCCAGCGCCGUCAUCCAUGUGCAGCAGACCUCUGGAGGUGGUGGCGGUGGAAUGUCUGGUGGAUUUGGUUUUGGUGGCAGCAGUGGUUUUGGUGGCAGCAGUGGAUAUGGUGGCAGCAGUGGUUUUGGUGGCAGCAGUGGUUAUGGCGGCAGUGCCAUCACCAAGUCAACAGUCACAACAACCAGUUCUCGGAGAUUGUAUUAAAGUUGACAAAAAAAAAAGGAGAGCGACCCUUCUUUUCCUUCUGAAACUUGUGAAAAUUAGGCUAAAUCUGUACCCUUCCAUGGUGCUAUGCAAUGCUGUCAAACAUGUUCAAAAUGAAAGCUGAGCAACCCAAAAAGAAGUCCUUCCUUAAAAUGGCAACUUUCUCCUCUGUUCUGUUCAACAACGUAGAACAACAGUUUCUGAAUGUUUUUUUCCUCUAUCCAACAAAUCAGAAAAAAAGGAGAAACAAAAUUUUUAUGGGGUGUUAAAACUAAACAAGGGAAAUGUUUGAACAGGGCAUCACAGUCUGCUCUGCCAGAGCUUUUAGCUCAGAUGUUUUCAGGUUUUUUUUAUUUGAGAGCCAAUAUCAUUAAGAAGAGGAAAUCAAUGACGAAAUCUGAUCACUGGAGAAACACAAAAUUUUUAAAAGUGUGAAUUUAUUUGUUUACAAACUUUGAGCAGAUUUGUUGUUGAUUUGCUCUUCUUUUUUUUUUUACUGUUUUUUUAUUGUUUUCUUUUAGUUUUGCCCCCAAAUUACUUUUAACCAAAAACUAUGUUAAGACCAGAUUUAUUUUGUACAGGUCUUCUCACACAGGACCGGUGAAUGUUCCUGCAAAUAUGAGAUGAUGCUGAAUAAACUGAAUCUGAGACAAAAGAA